GCCGUGGUCUAGUGGAAGUGGAUUCCCAGCUGUCAGUCACUGUUAUUGUGUUUUAGCUAAAGCACGGGUCACACUGAGUUGAGGCGAGAUGGCCGACUGCAGGGAUAAAGCCACUGACCAAAUGAAGAUAUGGAAGCAGAACAGAGCUUCUCAGAAACCGGACACACUGACCACAGGAGGCGGACAGCCCAUUGGAGACAAGCUGAACCUGCUGACAGUUGGACCCAGAGGGCCGCUGUUGGUUCAGGAUGUGGUCUUCACGGAUGAAAUGGCCCACUUUGACCGCGAACGAAUCCCAGAGCGAGUGGUGCAUGCCAAAGGGGCAGGAGCCUUCGGAUAUUUUGAGGUGACACAUGACAUCACUAAAUACUGCAAGGCCAAGGUGUUUGAGCAUGUUGGCAAGACCACACCCAUUGCCAUCCGCUUCUCUACCGUUGCUGGUGAAUCUGGAUCAUCCGAUACCGUUCGAGACCCCCGAGGUUUUGCUGUAAAGUUCUACACCGAAGAAGGCAAUUGGGACCUGACGGGGAACAACACCCCUAUCUUUUUCAUCAGGGAUGCCAUGCUGUUCCCCUCCUUUAUUCAUACACAAAAGCGCAAUCCUCAAACCCACAUGAAAGAUCCGGACAUGGUUUGGGACUUCUGGAGCCUGAGGCCAGAGUGUCUCCAUCAGGUUUCUUUUCUGUUCAGUGAUAGAGGUUUGCCUGAUGGCUACCGCCACAUGAACGGCUAUGGCUCUCAUACCUUCAAACUGGUCAAUGCUGCUGGAGAGCCCGUCUACUGCAAGUUCCACUACAAGACUGAUCAAGGAAUUAAGAAUAUGGAUGUGGAGGUGGGAGAACGGCUGGCCGCCACCAGCCCAGACUAUGCCAUUGGAGACCUGUUCAAUGCCAUCGAAACUGGCAACUUUCCUUCUUGGACCUUCUACAUCCAAGUCAUGACCUUUGAGCAGGCUGAAAAAUUCCAGUUCAAUCCCUUUGAUCUGACCAAGGUUUGGUCACACAAGGAGUACCCAUUGAUUCCUGUGGGCCGACUGGUGCUCAACAGGAACCCAGUGAACUACUUUGCUGAAGUGGAGCAGCUGGCCUUUGACCCCAGUAACAUGCCUCCAGGUAUCGAGCCCAGUCCUGACAAAAUGCUGCAGGCUCGUCUCUUCUCCUACCCAGACACACAUCGACACCGUCUGGGAGCCAACUACCUGCACAUCCCUGUCAACUGCCCUUACAAGGCCCGGGUGGCCAACUACCAGCGUGAUGGUCCCAUGUGCAUGUUUGACAACCAAGGUGGUGCUCCAAACUACUAUCCCAACAGCUUCAGUGCUCCGGAUUGUCAGCCAGACUGUGUGGAGUCAAAAUUCAAGGUGUCCCUUGAUGUGGCUCGCUACAAUAGUGCUGAUGAUGACAAUGUCACACAGGUGCGCACAUUCUUCACUCAAGUGCUGAAUGACGAGGAGCGUGAUAGACUUUGUAAGAACAUGGCAGGAUCCCUGAAGGGGGCGCAGCUCUUCAUCCAGAAACGCAUGGUUGCCAACCUGAAGGCUGUGCAUCCUGACUACGCUAACAGAGUGCAGGCGUACCUGAACAAAUUCAAUGCCGAAGCUGAGAAGAACUCAGUGCAUGUGUACAGCCGUCCGGGGGCUACUGCCGUCACCGCUUCCUCCAAGAUCUAACUGCCUUAAAACCAGAGGAGGUCGCCCUCACCUGCCUGACCGCAAAAGCACUUCAGUAACCGCUUCAGCCAUUUACACGAGAUGAUCAGAUUGAUUUUGAGCAUGAAAGCUCGGAGGAAUUCUUAUGUCAAACUUACCUAAGACUGUCAUUCUACAACUAAUGACUUGUUAAUUCCAGACUAGAGAGGAAAUAUUCAAGACGUAGUGAAUUUUAUUUGAAGGAUGAGCGAUUUAUCAUCAGUGUUCCUACAUAUGUUUUAUCAGUCAUCUUAUUUACUAAUGAGAGCAUGAUGUUUCUUUUCACAUGAUCAUGUGCCUUGUGAUGUUUGAACCAGCAUCAGAUCCAUAAUGGGAAACACAAAUCCUUUUUGACCAACUGAGUUAACAAAUAAUCACAUUCCAAGACCUUCACCUGGAUCCAGGGGUCUGAUGACAGUUGCAGCGUUUAAAUCUUAUUAAAGGAAUUCAUCUGCACAGAGGGUAAAUACUGGACUAAAAAUAUCGUUUUCUUCUGAAUGUUGGCUGCAAAUAUGGAAUGGGACUACCUGCCGUUUGAUGACAUCAUACCAGCAACAUGCUGACAUGUUGUUUAUUCAAGUUUGCCAUGUAAGGUCCAAAACCCCCCAAAACAAUUUGGAAAAACAGUCACUGUCUUGUUUGAACCAAUGAAUAUCUGACUUCUUGUGUACAUUUUUGCUAAUAAAAUAAUCAUGUUCCAAAUUCA